AUGGAGGGAAAGGAAAUCGUCAGGAUAUCGACCAGUGAAUAUGCAUCGUCACUGGUGCUUGUGUUGAAGAAAAACGGAGAUCUCCGCAUUUGCACAGACUUUCGCUGGUUGAAUAAAAGAACCCUGAAGGACGCUCACCCCUUGCUCCAUCAGGGUGAUUGUUUGGCAGCCCUGGGAUGCAACUGCCUCUUCAGCACUAUGGACGUGACCUCCGGGUUUUAUGACAAGCCAGUCCACGAGGACGACAGGAAGUACUCCGCCUUUACCACUCCCAUAGGCCUAAUCAUCAAUAUCUCGUUUCUAGUGUCUGUGACAGUGAUUUAUGUUCCAUUGAUAAUCUUCGGGCUUCUUGGAAACACACUGACUCUUCUGGUGGUUUGGCUUCGCCCAAACAUGAGAAGCUCCGCCCACCUCUACCUGAGCAGCAUGGCUGUUAGUGACCUACUGUUCCUCCUGCUGCUGCCUCUGGAUCUAAUUGAGAUCUGGACAGACUGGAAGUUAGGAGUCUUUGCCUGCAAAAUGGCCAUGUUCCUGUCACAGUGCAGCAUCUUCUGCACCAUUCUCCACAUCACCUUUCUCUCCCUGGAGAGGUACCUGGUUGUCUGCUGGCCAAUCACCUCAAAGACACUGUUGACACGUCGCAGAACCAGGGCUCUGAUUGGCUGCCUCUGGCUGGCAGCGGCUGUCAGUGCAGCACCAUUUUUGGUCAUGAUGGAAGUGACGAUAGUGAAGGAAGUGGAUGAUAUGGGAAGAGAGGUUGAAAAUGAAAAGUGCUCUUUAUCAAUAUCCUCAGUCUCUUCUGGCCUCAUGUUGGCCUUAUUAAUUCUCUACGACCUGUACUUCCUGGUUCCCUUGUGCAUUCUGGGACUGGUCUUCAUCCUGAUUGGACAGACUCUGAGGCUCCAUACACAAAUCAGCCGUAAAGACAAGAGUCACCAACACGCAGUCAAGAUGCUGGGAGUGAUCUUCUUGGCCUUCGUCGUGUGCUGGCUGCCCUACAUCGUUCGUCUGACCAUGAUUGCUGCCAUCAACCCUCUGGUGUACAACCUGAUGUCGGCCAGGUACAGACACGCUGUGCGUAGCAUCGUGCAAACGCACUGUCUCACACCGUCUCACUGA